GCUCGGGCUAGCGGCGGGCGGCGCGGAUGGCGGGCGGCGCGGGCUGGGCGGGCGCGCCCGCGGCUCUGCUGCGCUCGGUGCGCCGCCUGCGCCAGGUGUUCGAGGUGUGCGGCCGCGACCCCGACGGCUUCCUGCGCGUGGAGCGCGUGGCGGCGCUCGGCCUGCGCUUCGGCCAGGGCGAGGAGGUGGAAAAACUUGUGAAAUAUUUGGAUCCCAACGACCUGGGGAGAAUCAAUUUCAAGGACUUUUGCCGGGGAGUGUUCGCCAUGAAAGGCUGUGAGGAGCUGCUGAAGGACGUGCUGUCCAUGGAGAGUGUAGGGACGCUGCCCUGCGCCCCGGAGAUCCCAGACUGUGUGGAGCAGGGCAGCGAGGUGCCAGGCCCCACCUUUGCUGAUGGCGAGGUCCUCCCCAGGGAGCCCGGCUUCUUUCCUGAGGAUGAGGAGGAGGCUAUGACACUGGCCCCGCCCGAGGGCCCCCCCGAGUCAGACAUGGACAGCCCCAUGGAGAGCACCCAGAGCCUGGAGGGGCCUGUCGGGAGCCCUGCCGAGGAGAAGGACGGGGGUCUCGGGGGCCUGCUCCUGCCUGAGGACAAGUCCCUGGGCCACACUCCAUCCAUGACGACUUCAGACCUCUCCACACACUCCACCACCUCGCUCAUCAGCAACGAGGAGCAGUUUGAAGACUACGGGGAGGGAGACGAUGUGGACUGUGCUCCCAGCAGCCCCUGCCCCGACGACGAGACCAGGACCAACGUCUACUCGGACCUGGGGUCUUCAGUGUCUUCCAGUGCAGGGCAGACACCCCGGAAAAUGCGGCACGCGUACAACAGUGACUUGCUGGAUGUCUACUGCUCUCAGUGCUGCAAGAAAAUCAACCUUCUGAAUGACUUGGAAGCCCGACUGAAAAACCUGAAGGCCAACAGCCCCAACCGAAAGAUCUCCAGCACGGCUUUUGGACGGCAGCUCAUGCACAGCAGCAACUUCAGCAGCAGCAACGGCAGCACCGAGGACCUGUUCCGGGACAGCAUUGACUCCUGUGACAACGACAUCACAGAGAAGGUGAGCUUCCUGGAAAAAAAGGUGACGGAACUGGAGAAUGACAGCCUGACCAAUGGGGACCUGAAGAGCAAGCUGAAGCAGGAGAACACCCAGCUGGUGCACAGGGUGCACGAGCUGGAGGAGAUGGUGAAGGAUCAGGAGACCACGGCCGAGCAGGCCCUGGAAGAGGAGGCGCGGCGACACCGAGAGGCCUACGGCAAGCUGGAGAGGGAGCGGAGCACGGAGAUCGAGCUGCUGCACACCAGGGUGCAGCAGUUAGAGGAGGAGAACACAGAGCUCAGGACAACAGUGACUCGGCUCAAGUCGCAAACAGAGAAACUGGACGAGGAGCGGCAGCGUAUGUCCGACCGGCUGGAGGACACCAGCCUGCGGCUCAAGGAUGAGAUGGACCUGUACAAGCGCAUGAUGGACAAGCUGCGGCAGAACCGCCUCGAGUUCCAGAAGGAGCGGGAGGCCACGCAGGAGCUCAUCGAGGACUUGCGGAAGGAGCUGGAGCACCUGCAGAUGUACAAGCUGGACUGCGAGCGGCCAGGCAGGGGCCGCAGCGCAUCCUCCGGCCUGGGCGAGUUCAGCGCCAGGGCCCGCGAGGUGGAGCUGGAGCAUGAGAUCAAGCGACUCAAGCAGGAGAAUCAUAAGCUGAGGGAUCAGAAUGAUGACUUGAAUGGGCAGAUCUUGAGCCUCAGCCUCUACGAAGCAAAGAACCUCUUUGCCACCCAGACCAAAGCACAGUCCUUGGCUUCGGAAAUCGACACGGCCUCGCGCGAUGAGCUCAUGGAAGCCCUCAAGGAGCAGGAGGAGAUCAACUUCCGGCUGCGGCAGUACAUGGACAAGAUCAUCCUCGCCAUCCUGGACCAUAACCCCUCCAUCCUCGAGAUCAAACACUGAGACGGGGGCUGGCUGCAGAGUGGCCUCGGGACCCUGGGACCCCAGGACCAAAGGGCAGGCCCUGCCUGAGGAUGCGGCCCCAGCCGGGUCCCCACACACACUGAAAAUGUAUCUCUGGCCACCGUGUAAUGUGUACUGGUGUGGACGCUGAGCACACAGCGAGGGGUGAGCGUGGGGCCGUGGCUGGGGUUGACUCGGCGCCGUUAGCUGUCCAUGCACUUUGUGGUCCCUUUGCAGGGGCAGAGCGUCCUGGAGGUUGCGGAGGGCAAGGUCUGCAAUCAGGAGUGACUGUAAUAACAGGAACUGGAAGCUUGUGUUGCAGAUACUGGAUAAAAUGAUUCUACCUCUGGGGUGAGGAUUAAAUACUCUAGGGAGACAGCUCCUUCUCCCACCCAUGCCUUCUGGGAGCAGGAGCAAAGCUAUGACCUUUCCUGGGAGUUCAACUGUCCAACAGCGGUGUCCUCGCCAGCCUCUGUAGCCACCUUUGAAGUCCAGGUGCUGGAGCUCAGAGAGGAGGAAGUGGUGUUUAGGGGGACGUGAGGAGGGGCCCCCACCAGCCCCCUCCCCAGCCGGCAGCCCCUGCGAUGCUUGUGCACCGUGUGUCCAAAGGACUCGGGCUUGCUGCCGAGCCACCUUCAUUCUGAGAAGCCUCGUGUUUUUAGCGCCCUCCGUGCCCCUCCCAUCGCUGCUGACCUACCUCUCCCUUCCUGUUUUGUUUUGUUUUUGAGACCAUGAAAAAUAAGCAGCGUUCACUUGGCUGUAACGUGCAGGGAUUAAAGGAAGGAGAAGGAGGCUGAGGGACGGGGGUGUUUCAGACAGGUGUUGUCAUCGGGCAACCAAAGACAUGGUUUUCGGGGAGGAGCACGCUCGCCUCCCCACCAGGUUCCUUCCGCCGGCUGCAUCUGGAAAGAGAAGCCAGGAUGGACCGUCGGCCGCUUCUGGGCCUGGCAGUGGGCCUUGCUCACCACCCUGCGUUCUGCGCAGCCUGGUGACAGCAGCCGCGGGCGCAGGUGUUCAGAGCCAGGCCUCUGGGCUGGGCUCAGCUGGGCAGGGAGACCCCGGCAUCCCCACUUUUAGGAACACACCUGCGUUCGGUCCUCAGCCCACGGGAGACGAAUGCUGUCCUGGUGGGAGACACAGUUGGGGAAGUUUCAGGGAAACCUUAGUCGUCCGUCCUCGGGGCACGUGUGGGAGUUCACACACAUUUUCAAUGUGAUCUUUUGUUCCCGGCAGCUGGGAGUAGAUAGGGUACUUUUCCUUUGAGUUUUCCCAGUGGUUCUCCAUUUUAUGUGGCCGAUUCGUUUCCCCAUCCAAAUACAUAAACACGGAUGGUCUUCAUUUCCCCCCUGAAGUUUGCUUUCGUUAGCACUUCUAGGGUACAGGGAAAGUUUGGGCAUGUUGUGGAGGGAGUGGAGGGGAGUAUGCCGGGAAGGUAGGGUAGUGGCGGGUGAAGAGGGCCCCUGGGGGCUUGGGGGUUCCCUGCUCACAGAGGUAGGCUGCGGCCACGACCCACCUUCUUUCCAGUCCUGUCAGCUUUUGCUUUGGUUGGAUUGUGUGAUUUCUUUUCAAGAAUAUGUGGGGUUUGUUUCAGGCGGCAAAUAACGGGGCUGCGUUGGCUUGAUGUAGGCGUUUGGGGCCCCCCACACCAGGAAAACCAGGGCUGGAGUCCGUCCUCCGGAGCUUCUCAACCCCUUGGGACACUGGUCUCCUCGGGCUCCACCGAGGGUCUGAGACGUGGCUCUGAGAAGUGGCGUGGAAGGAAAGCAUAGGGAGCCGGUCUCUCGAGAAUUUGCUAAUAGGACGGAGCCCCAGGAAUGAAAGGAAAGGAAAGAUAAUCUUGACCUGGCUUUGGUCUGGGUUUUACUUGGGAAGGAGUCCCGCAGAGAUGUUGGGGGCUUGCCCCAGGGAUGAGCAUUUUAUGUGUAAAACUGUACAAGCUCUUUAGCUGCAGGGAGGUGGGAGGCGGCCCCUGCCCGAGUUGCAGUCACAGUGUGGGAAGGGAGUUCUGCCUUGGGGAAAGGGGCGGGAAAAGCGGUCAGCCCGCAGCGUUCUGCGCCUCCUCCUGCAGGGGGCGCCACAGGGACACUCCCCGAGGAAGCCCCGCGUCUGAAAGGCCCUCAGGACCUGGUGCAGGGCGUGGGGCCUCUGGACGAGGGCGGACUUUAACACGAGGCUGAAGUCCAUGUAACACACACCUCAAGUUACACCCAGCCUCUGACAUCAGCCAGAAUACCUCUUAUGAAACCUCGUCUGUCCAAUUGGCUUUUUCAGAUAACACUUUAGAAAAGCUCUUCUGUGCUUGAAAGCUAGCCUGAGAAGGGCGGGGGCCUCGGGGUCCCAGCCCCCCAACCCCGGCAGGUCCCAGAGCUGCACUGACUCUGGGUCUGCCCCAUUCCUGUGUUUCCUCCCCCCUCGUGUGUUCUCAGGUUGAGGGUCCUGCCCGGCUCGCUCAGUACUGGUGAACAGUGUCCAGGAUGCCCAGUGAAAUUUGAAUUUCAGGUAAACGACCUAAUUUUUAGUAGAAGUAUAUUCCACGCAAUCGUUGGCACAUAAUUAAAAUGGAGAGAUUUUUGAAAUUCUGAUCACAGGCCCAAAUCCCCAGAGGUUCUGAUUUCAUGGGUGUGGGUGUGGCUCAGGCUUCGGACGUUUGAAAUGCCCCAGGUGAUUGUGAUUUGCCUGGGUGGCCUGUGUGGGUUUUGGUUUUGGUUCUUGCUAAACCCAGGUAGGAACCAGCACUACCUAGAGCAGCGGUCACCAACCUUUCGGACCUCACGGACCACCAGUGUCCGCGGACAACUGGCUGGUGACCGCUGCCCUACAGGGGCUCCUGCAGAGACGCCCACUUCAUAUGACACGGGCCUGUCCUUGCACUCAACUCAAAGCCAGACAGAACUCACGGAACUGGCACGUUAGUUUUAUCUACAGAAUCUAAGAGAACAGAAGCCCCUUCUAUUAGAUUCUGUGGGAAGAUAUAAGAAAUAAAGUUCUAGUACGAAAAUAUUUUUUUUAACUUUGACGUGGCCAGAGUUAGACAAGAUGUUUUAUUUUAAAUGUGUUAGAUCCUUGCCGAAUUGUAAGAGGGACCUUUCUUUAGCUUGACUUGACUUCUGACCUGUUAAAAACACAAAGCCCGAGGCGAGAACCUUCCCAGGCCCUUUAUUUUUAAAUAUAUUUUAUUGAUUUUUUACAGAGAGGAAGGGAGAGAGACAGAGAGUUGGAAACAUCGAUGAGAGAGAAACAUCGAUCAGCCGCCUCCUGCGCAUCCCCCACUGGGGAUGUGCCCGCAACCCAGGUACAUGCCCCUGACCGGAAUCGAACCUGGGACCUUUCAGUCCGCAGGCUGAUGCUCUAUCCACUGAGCCAAACCGGUUUCGGCCCUAAAAGCUAAUUUUAGAUGUGAUUGGAAACAGGAAGUUUUUGGACGGUCACCAUUCCAAGGAAAUGACUUUGUUGUCCCUGCAGAUCUGCAGUGACUCUUUAAAGGCCUGAGGUGGGUGUUAGAUUGAGGAGAGGGCCAUCCCCUGCUGUCAUCUCCAGCCUUUCUUCCUUUGGGACUAGGCAGCCCCUCUAGGGCUGUGAUUCAGGCUGCGAGACAGGCAUGCUGCUGCGGGGCCUCAGGCUAGGGGGCCAGGCCCUCCCUUCCCUGACCCUGGGACCUCUGGGUCCUGCCUGCCUGCUCUGUGUGUGCAUGAGAGGGCGGGGGCCGGGGGAGCAGGGCCACGGCUGCCCACCUGCAUGGCAGGGCAACUCCAAGGCUGCCCACCUGGGAAAAGAGACCACUUUCUAGAAAGUUGUUUCUAAAAGCGUAAACCCUGGUGAAGUCGAUGCGCCAUGAUUUUGUUGCUCCGACCUUGUGCUUCUCUUCCCAUUGUGACUGUAACGGGGGGAUGUCUCCCCCAGCCCCCCAGGAGGGGUGGCUGGGAGUGGCACCCCCGCAGGAUCUAAGUGCUGUUGUCCCAGGAGCCCAAGCCUCCUGCCGGGACCCGCUGUUCUGUGCUGCCCAGGCUGCGUUUUGUCUGCAUGGUUUGGGGUCAUUGUCCUUGUGCCUUUUUCUUCCCCGUCACCCCUGUACAGGACUUUCCACGUUGCCACUGCCCCCUUUUCUACAUCCUCUCGUUGCCCCUGGCCCUUCCCGAGCCUGUAAAUGUGUACAUAGUGUUGCACUUCGUGUCCGCGUGCCUCCACCACGUGCGGCCUGCUCCCCGUGUCCCAGCUCGCCCGCCGCAGGGACCAGGCUCCACUGCCCCUUCGUCACUCAGCCGUGCAGACGUGGUCACUUGUACAGAAUUUUCCAUGGUGGUCUUAAGCUUGGGGGGCUCGGGCCCACUUAGUCCCUCGUCUAGCCUGCUGCUAGUGUAGAAGCCUCGCACACCAGAAAGGGUGACUUUGUGUAAACUUCUCCCACAAACCUCUCCUGCGUUGGCGUCAAUAUUUAUAAAGUAGAGCGCACCUUCCCAGCCUGGGGCUUCAGCCCGGCAGGGAUGCUCUGGGUCUGCCAGCUCCGUGGGCCCCUCAGAGAUGCACCUCCCGCCCCCGGGGAAGCCGCUGCCAUCUGGUGUCUAGAACAGCUGCGGACAGGGGGGCAGAAGGAAGAGGCUUCUCGCUGCUGCCCUGCCUGCCGUUAACAACUGCCAAGCUCUCCCUCAUCUGCUGAAGGUGCUCAGACCCGGGUGCCAUUAAAUCCCGAACUGACGUCGGGACCGAGGUCAGACCAGGCGUGGCUGCAGACUCCCUCACAGCCGGCUGGCUCCCUUCACCCCACUCUCUCGGCUGGGCCUCCUGGGGGAAAGGGGGCGGGGAGUUCCAAUGGAAUGAGUUGCACGUGUGGCCUCAGGUCCAAGGGUUGGUUGAUGGCUUUGACUCUGGGUUCCACCUGAGUCUGUAGCCCCAGGAGCCUCCAUCUGGAAGCGGGCUUAGCUCUCAGCCCUCGGGCUCAGUGAGACCCCCGCCUCCAGGCCCCAGGGUGGGGAGAGUGGGGUGAGGCCCCAAGGCAGUGAGCCAGGGUCCCGAGCGCUCCACCCCCAGCCUGCUUCCAGCCAGAAAGAAGCAGGCUCUCAGAGGUGGGCUCCCUCGGGAACUAAUGUACAGACUGAGGUGUAAAUAAACAGUUUGCUUUUCUUGCCUGA